CAUUUGAAGCCAAAAAAGCAAAAAACAGUGAGACAAUAUGGAAGUCUGCAAUUACAGCAAGCAGCAGAAGCUGUGGCUGUUGUCAAAAAUGGUUGUUUGUUGUGUAAUUUGUGCAGAGUCGGUGCGUCACGGGCUAACGCCGCCGAGCACUACGAAGCUGACGGAGCUCUUCCCACGACAUGGGUAUGAGGACAAGUUCUUAGAUUUUUAUGGGGGGAAGAAUGUGCAGAAGGUGAAUAAUGGCUCUGCUGUAAAUCUCCUGCUUGAUAAGUCUUCAGGGUCGGGUUAUAGGUCGAAGGAUGUAUAUUAUCAUGGUUUUUUCAGUGCUGCCAUCAAGCUUCCUUCUGGUUUCACGGCUGGAGUUGUGGUGGCCUUUUAUGUGAGUUUUUUCUCGCGCACCCGUGAAAGAUUAUUAUGCACGAACAUCACAUAAUAACAAAGAUGGAUGGGAAAACCACGUCACAUAAAAGUGAAGUUAUAAUAACAUGAUCUUUCUAUCCAUUGUUGUUUGUACAUCUAGAAGUCCGCACGUAAUAAUUUUUCCACUCACUUUACUGUUAUUUUGUACCAGUAAAACAAUAUAAAACACACAUACACAUAUACAUACCCCA